ACUCUACUGCCGCUAUCUUACAGUCGCACUGCUAUGGUAAGCUCGGUUUCUGUUUUAGUACGUCCCGAUGGGGAGGGAAUAAACAUACUCUAACCGCUCUGUGAAUUUAAGAGACAAAAACAUUCUCCAACUCGGUGAAAACUGAAUAUAACAGAGGGUGUUAAAUGACCACGGGGAAGGGUUACUGAAUCUAACUGGAUGACACUCAGAGGAAGUUGCACCGAUCGCUCGCGCUGCCACAAGGGCGAAAGCUAACACAUCUUUAGCUAACCUUCAGAAUAAGGAAACCAGUGUAUACAAUACCCAAAACAGGCAGAAAGAGCACUCCGACCUGUAGGUUUAAAACGUUUUUUCAGUAAGUGAGUGACAUAGAGCACAAAAAAGCAAAGAGAAGUCGAUAAAUAUAUUUAUUAGAGUUUAAACUAGAGGCUGAAAUCGUCGUAAAAUGGAAAACAGCAGCUUCCACAGCCAGCUCCUCUCCGUCAUGGAUGUCCUGGCUCAGGCUGCUGCGGCGGAGAUUAACCGGUGUGUGGACGAGGGCUGCGCGGUUCUCCGGCUGGAGGUGAGCCAGAGCCGGAGGGACAUCGACCUUCUGCGGCGGAAAUGUGAGGUGAUGGAGGCCGAGCUGAGGAGGACCAGGCUCAGAACCAGGAGGAGAGGUGAGGAGGACUAGGAGGACAUGAAGAGGAGGAUCUGUGGAUUUCUGUGCACUUUGUGUUUUAACAUUUGUGUUAUUUAUUCUUCCUUCUCAGGGUUUUAUCCUCCAGCUGCAGACAGGUUCCCUCCUUUAGUCAGGAUAGUGCUGAAUAAAGAGACUCAGAGCUCAGACUGGGACAGACAGAUGGAGGCUGAGGCUCAAACUCAACCACUGAAGGUAUGAAUAUCACUGAAUAUCACUCUGGUUCUGAAUUAUUUAUUAACUUUAAACGAGUUUAUGUAUAAUUUAAAUAACAUUAUACUCGUUUAAAAGCCUGAAACUAAAGUAAAGUUGCUUUUUCUAACUUCACAGCCACCCAAACCAAUUUAACCAAACCCUUAGAGAGGGAAGUGGUGAUUUAAUAACUUUAAAUUUAUGAGACAUCAGGUAAAAAACUUUAUCAACCCUACAGGUAGGGCUGGGCAAUAAAAUGAUAACAAUAUAUAUAAAAAAUUAAUUUCCCUCAAUAUUAAUAUGAAACAUAGGCUGUGUCCGAAAUGUAUCCCUAACCCCUAUAUAGGUGACUAUAUGGGGGUUAGCUCCAUUUUGAGGGGUGUCCGAAACCUGAGUGAUCAAUCAAUAAUCGAUUAAUUAUUAUCAAUGAUAAAUCAAUAAAGACAUGUAUAUUUUAUAUUCAAGAUACUUUGUUUUAUUAGGGAUCUGUGAAUUUUAGUGCAAUUUGAAUCUUAUCUAAGUUAAGUCUGUUGUAUUUAGGUGUUUAUUAAGUUAUUUUAAUGUUGAUCCUUCUGUUGCAGCGUGCAGAAACGCAGCCUGUGACUGAGGCUGAUCACAUACAGAUCAAAGUGGAGUCUGCAGAGGGAGACACGUGGAAAAAUCACCCCGAGGACAAGAUGAGUGAGUUUUACUCUCAAACACACACACACCAAACUCGAGCUGCAUCAGAAGUCAAGCAUUACUAGAAAUGGGAAUCAAGAACCGGUUCUUGUUGGGAUCCUUUGUUUUAAAUCAAAGAAAGGCAUUGAUAAGGGAAUCGUUAAAGAAUUGAAUCGGUAAGCAGAAUCGAUAAUGGCAUCGAUAUCGAUAAAAUCUUACCAAUUCCCAUCCCUAUGCAUUACACUUUGUAUAGUUUGACAUUUUUGGCGCCUCUUAAUUCAUAUUUACUAUUAUUUAAACAAUUAUUACAGUUCAUUUAAGAAGAUGUGUAUUAAAUGUAAAUUAAAAUCGACCCUGACUAAAGGAUCUACUCUGAUUCUUCUGCUUCCUUUAGAAUCCGAAGAGGAGCAGCCGUCAUGUUUCGAAGCUUCUCCCCCUCCCCACAGUGAAGAUUUUUCAGAGCCUCACCACUCAGCUGAGAACCCAGCCGACUCUGAAUCUCUGAUGUCCCCAACUAACGACUACAACACCUUACAAGAUCAGCAGCUAUGUCCGAGUCAAAGCGAGACAGAGCUCAUGGUGAAACUUGAGAGGGAAGAGGAACAGCUGAAUCAUGAGGACACAGCCACUCAUGAUUCAACCGGAAACUUUGUGACAGAUGGAGGUAGCGGACAGCUGUGGGUGUCAAAUCCUUGGACAGAUGCUGCUGAUCCCAGCUCCUCGUUUGCAGAGCAACAGUUUCCCCCUGUUUUCCAGUCUCAAAGUGGUUUGGAUUUGGAGGAUGUUGUGCCCGAUGUGCAGUCAUUAGAGAAAUCACAUGCAGUUGGUUCGAGUGCAGCAAGACAGAAAAGACGUGCUAGGACAUUUGGGUCUCAGAGACCACAGCAGGAUGGAGGACAUAAUGCUUCAUCUCAGUUCCACACCAUGGAUCACUGCUCAGUCUCUCUACAGUCGCAGCAUCCAUACAGAAAUACGCUGCCUCACACGGGGCACCAAAAUGAGGAUUUAAUGCCCCAAAUACCAGCUCCUGCCUCUUCUCUUGGACCGAGCCGCAGCAGCUCAUUCCUGGCAAAGAAGAUGAGGACCCCCUGGAGGUCUUCCUUGGGGGAGAAGAAGUUCAGCUGCACAUACUGUCUUAAAUUGUUCUCCAAGCAUUGUCAGCUCAGAGAGCACCUGAGGAGUCACACAGGGGAGAGACCGUACAGCUGCAAACUGUGUGGCAGGAGCUUCGCGAAACAGUGCAACCUUAUCAGACAUGCAGUGGUUCACAGCGGGGAGAAGCCCCACGAGUGCUCACUGUGUGGGAAGUGCUUCACCCAGCGCUCCAGCCUGAAGUCGCAUCAGAAAUCAGCUCACUGAGGUCUCUGGGUGUAGUUACAUACAUCACAUUUCUGUUUUAAAGAUAAGAAAAACAAUGGAAUACUAUUUUUUAUCGUUAAGAGCCUUACCCGUGGGAUUACAAGUUGAAUGUCAAAUAAAUGACUCUUUAAAUUUCUACCUUACACUUCUGGCAGCUACGAGAAUUUAAUCUUUUUGCACUUUUCCAAUUUCUGUGUAUGUUUUAACAUCUAUCCUGAUCGUUUGUUUCCUUUUCGCAGCUGGUGACUGGUUAAUUAGGAAUCACAAGAUUUUAUUCCAUUAAAUUAAUUGAGGAAAUUAAAAAAUAUUCCAUGUGUUAUC